GGCCUGUGGUCAUGUAACAUGUUGUCCUUUGACAACAGAGUCUGACCACAGGACUUCUUGUCUGCUCAGAUCUUCUCAGAUCUGCUCAGAUCUGCUCAUCCUUCUGUGAACUCAUCCACUCUCUGCAGUAGGAGGACUCGACCUCCUCCUCUCAGCGGACCGCCAUGCAGAUUGCUCUGAUCGACAGUUCUGGUCCGGAGCCCGUGCCUCUGAACACAACGGGUCCGCUCAUUGGGAUCAUCGGCUCAGGAGACUACUCCCGCUCGCUGGCGCUCCGCCUGGUGCUGUCGGGGUACCGGGUGAUGGUGGGCAGCCGCUGCCCCGAUCGCGUGGUCAGCAGUCUGUUCCCCGACGGGGUGGAGAUCUGCUCGCAGGCGGAGAUGGCGGCCGCCGUGGACGGGAUGGUCUUUGUGGCGGUGUAUCCGGAGUACUACCCCACCCUGACGGGGCUGAGGGAGCAGCUGGCCGGGAAGGUGCUGAUCGACGUGAGCAAUGCCGCCCAGCUGAGGGCGGAAGGCCAGUCCAACGCCGAGAGGCUGGCAGAGAUCUUCCCUCGGAGCAAGGUGGUGAAGGCUUUCAACGUGGUGUCAGCCUGGGCCCUGCAGGCCGGAGCCCAGGACGGCAGCAGACAGGUCCUGGUCUGCAGCGACCAUCAGGACUCCAAGUCCUCGGUCCUGCAGCUGGCCCGGCAGCUGGGCUUCAUCCCCGUGGACCAGGGUGGUCUGCGCGCCUCUAAACAGAUAGAGGAGGCUCCUCUCAUCCUCUUCCCGUCAUGGGGGGGCCCCAUCUUAACCACCUUCCUCAUCUUCCUCUUCUUCUACUUCUACAUCUUCCUGAGGAGCGUCCUGCUGCCGUACCUGGAUCACGGAGCCAACACCUUCAGCCAGCUGCCUCUGAUCAUCGUCAACCAGACGCUGCCCGUCGUGGCGCUGGUGACGCUGGCUCUGGUUUAUUUACCUGGCCUGCUGGCCGCUGUGCUGCAGCUCUACAGAGAAACCAAGUACCAGAGGUUUCCAGGCUGGCUGGAUCGCUGGCUGUGCAGCAGGAAGCAGCUGGGGCUGCUCAGCUUCCUGGCCGCUCUGCUGCACGCCAUCUAUAGCAUGUGUCUGACGCUGAGGAAGGCAGCGCACUACAACCUCCUGAACGAAGCCUACCAGCAGGUGCACGCCGGCUUGGAAGACUCGAGGGUGGAGUCGCAGGUGUGGAGGUCUGACCUGUACCUGACCUGUGGGAUUCUCGGAUUCGGAGUCCUCGCCCUGCUGGCCAUCACCUCCCUGCCGUCUGUGGGAAACACCCUCAACUGGAGGGAGUUCACCUUCGUUCAGUCCGGCCUGGGUUACGCUGCCCUGACGCUCUCCACUAUGCACACCCUGUUCUUCGGCUGGAACUUCGCCUUCCUCCCACGUUCCUACCCCUACCACAUGCCCCCGGUGUUCCUGCUGGCCCUCAUACUGCCCUGCGUGGUCCUGACCGGACGCUUCCUCCUGGCUCUGCCCUGCUUCUCGUUGAAGCUGACAAUGAUCCGCCGAGGCUGGGAGAGCCCAAGCAAGCUCUGUGAGGCCGAGGCAGCUCAAAACUUCGAUAACGUGUAGAGCUGGAAUUGUCGAGGAGAAGAAAGUGCUCUCUGUGAGAGCCCGGCACUUUUCAUCACUGACUCCUUCCUCCAUCCUUCUGCGUCGAAGCUUUGGAUUCCACAAGUUCUGCCUUGUGAACAUCAGGAAGAAACCAGAAUUACCUCUUUACAUUGCUCAUGGAGAGAAAGAUGAAGACAUUUCCUCAUUUUAAAUUGAAGACACACACACACACGGAUCAGGAAUACUUCACAGUCAGUUAUUGAUUUUAAAGUGUUUGAUGUGAAAUGGCUACAUUAGCCUUGCUUUAAUUAUAUUGUUUGUAUGUUGAGUCCGUAAAAUAAUAAGCUGUCACAGUAAUGAGAUGAGGGGUCUGUGUGCUCGAGGUCUGUUGACAACAAUGAUCUGCAUGAAAUGAUACAGUGUCCACGUGAUAACACACGUGUAAAACAUAUCACUGACCUAAUAAAAGAUACAACACAGAAGUUA